CACCACCCUUCCUCCUCAGUCCUCCCCUCCAUGAGAGCCCUGAGCUCUCCCAACCCAUCCUUUCUCCUCCCCCUCGCCGCCGCCGCCGCAGCCAAAAACCUUCGCCCUCGCCGCCGCCGCCGCCGCCUCCUCCUCGCCCUCCCCUCUUCGACCUCCAAUUCUAGGGUUUUUUUGUCCCGGUCGCUCCCCCAGGGCCCGCAUUCCGAGAUCCACACCCGAAAGGGGAGGUCGGAACAAGUGAGGAGUCGAAACCAGCAAAGGCGAGGAGGAGGAGGAGGAGGAGGCGGAGGCGACGAAGAAGAAGAUGGAGAAGAUGGGCGCGUGCGAUGCGAGGUGGACGUGGUGUCGUGGCGCGAGCGGUGGAUCCGGGCUUCCAUCGACGUCGAUGCCGACGUCGACGCCGUGUGGAGUGUCCUCACCGACUACGAGAGGCUCGCCGAUUUCAUCCCCAAUCUUGUCUACAGUGGGAGGAUUCCGUGCCCGCACGAGGGGAGGAUAUGGUUGGAGCAGAGAGGCUUGCAGCGUGCGCUCUAUUGGCAAAUCGAGGCUCGAGUCGUGUUGGAUCUUCAGGAGCUCCCUGAUUCGGCUAAUGGGCGUGAGCUUCAUUUUUCGAUGGUGGAUGGAGAUUUUAAGAAAUUUGAAGGCAAAUGGUCUGUCAAAGCUGGUCUUAGGUCUUCAAAGGCAGUUUUGUCUUACGAAGUCAGUGUAAUACCAAGAUUUAACUUCCCAGCCAUCUUUCUUGAGAGAAUUAUCAGAUCCGACCUCCCUGUGAACCUUCAAGCCUUGGCUUUCAGAGCUGAGAGAAAUUUUGCUGAAGAUCAAAAGAAAUUCAUUUCUAAGAAUGCUAAUGCUGUAGAUCCUCAACAACUCUCUAUUUCCUCUCCCUUGAACUUCACCGGUGUUAAAUAUGGGAUAGACACCAAUACGUCUACUAAUUUGAAAGAAGAAUCUACUAAUGCUUCUUUUGGCACCAUGUUUGCCUCACCAUCAACAAAGUUGAAUAGCAAAUGGGGUGUAUAUGGAAAUGUAUGCCAACUUGAUAGGCCAUGCAUGGUCGAUGAAGUGCAUCUUAGGAGAUUCGAUGGCCUUCUGGAAAACGGAGGGGCCCAUCGAUGUGUCUUUGCAAGCAUCACUGUGAAGGCACCGGUUCGGGAAGUGUGGAAUGUGUUGACCGCUUACGAGUCAUUACCCGAGAUUGUACCAAACUUGGCUAUCAGUAAGGUUAUAUUUAGGGAUAAUAACAGAGUCCGCAUAUUACAGGAGGGUUGCAAAGGCCUAUUGUACAUGGUUCUUCAUGCUCGUGUAGUUUUGGAUUUGCAUGAGGAACUUGAAAGAGAAAUAAGCUUUGAGCAAGCAGAAGGUGACUUUGACUCAUUUCAAGGGAAAUGGCUUCUAGAACAGCUCGGGACCCACCACACACUAUUGAAAUACAUGGUCGAGACGAAGAUACACAAGGAUACGUUCCUCUCGGAGGCUAUUGUAGAAGAGGUUAUAUAUGAAGAUCUACCAUCAAACCUGUGUGCAAUCCGCGAUUUUGUGGAAAGAGCUGAAGCUAACAGGAACCCUGGCAGGUCAAUUGAUUCAGAUUCUGAAUUUGUUCAGCUUCCUAAAAGCAGGCUAGAGGAAAAAUUCUUCUUUUCUAGUACCUCGAAUUCUCUGAGACAAAGACCUAAGGUUCCAGGCUUACAAAGAGAUGUGGAGGUUCUAAAAGCUGAACUCAUGAAGUUUAUAUCCAAUUAUGGUCAGGAUGGAUUUAUGCCGAUGAGGAAGCAACUUAGAUUACAUGGUAGGGUGGACAUUGAAAAGGCAAUAACUCGCAUGGGUGGUUUCCGCAAAAUUGCAAAUAUGAUGAACCUUUCACUUGCGUAUAAGAAUCGGAAACCAAAGGGUUACUGGGACAACCUAGAGAACUUGCAAGAAGAGAUUAGGAGAUUUCAGUGGAGCUGGGGAAUGGAUCCUGCUUAUAUGCCAAGUAGAAAGUCUUUUGAGCGGGCAGGUCGUUACGAUAUUGCUCGGGCAUUAGAAAAAUGGGGCGGUUUACAGGAGGUUUCUCGCCUCUUAUCUCUUCAGUUAAGACGGUCUAGGCAGCAGUCGGAACCCGAGCGAGAGGGGCCCCUUGAUGUAACUUCAAGGGAUACAAAUGACCAAGAAAAAAUCACAAAUAAACCCUUCAUCUCUCAAGAUACGCAGAAAUGGCUCAUGAAACUGAAGGAUUUGGACAUUAACUGGGUUGAGUAGAAAUACAAUUUACCUGUACAGUAAUAUCUCUGUAUCUUAUUUUUUUCUUGCACCUUAGCUUCCAGCUGUAAGCUGCAUGAAAUUUGUAGAUUCAUCAAUCUGCUGCUAAAGGCUGCUACUUGAUAGAUUUUAGCAGGUGGUAUCCUGCUUGUGCAAAAUUUUGUACUAAAUCACAGUUGUGUAAAUAACAUAAUUUUUAUAUAAAAUGCAGAGACUAUAUGGCCAAAUAUGAGAGAA